GUUUGUUUGAAUCAAUGAACGAACCAAACUUUUAGCUAACCUAGAAAAAGGUUAUGCAGAUUCCGCUCUACCCGCAAAAAGUGUUGUUCCCUCGUGUUGGGACGUUAAGAGCUAGUCAACUUAUGAUGUCAUUUUCAAAUAACUGAAUGUCAUGCAUAUCAAAUACUUGCAUAUUUCACAUUAGUUUGGAGUUAUAUUUAAAUCUUUGAAUUAAAAAAAACUAUGCUAAGCUCCACCGCUUCUGAUAAUUUAGCCUGUACUGAUGAAGUCAAAGUUUAUGAAGAUGAAGGGGAAGAAGAAGAACAGCAGAAAUCCUCAGAAAACCUUACAGAAGAUAAAGUUAGGUUGGUCAUCGAGAGCGAAACCCAAAUACCAAAAAUAUUUGAUUUAUUUGGUAAAAAUGGUGGAGCCUCUUCGUUAUUCAAAAUGCCAUUUCCAACUGAUCCUCGUUUGGCCAGUUAUUUUCUACCUGGUUAUCCUGCUGCAAUCGCGGCUGCUAUGGCAGCUGUAAAUGCUGCCUCUUAUUCAUUAUCAUCUUCACCAUGUUUAACAACAUGUUCAUCAUCUUCGUUACCAUCCAUGACUAAACCAACUUCUUCAAUAUGGAAUAUGACUCCUGCUGCUGUUGUCGCGGCGGCUGCUGCUGCGGGAACAGCAUCUUCUUUCUGGUCAACUGGUUGCAGCGGCGGUGGUGGUUCAUCAUCUGCUUCUUCUGGUUAUGCAAGUUCUGAAGGUAGUGGAGGCAGUAAUGGUACUAAUGGUUCGAAUUGGUUGCAUCAUUCAGCAAUAUCACCAGGUAGUAGUAGUAGCAUAGGUGGGAGUGGCGGCAGUGGAGGUGGGAGCUGUGGCAGUGGUUUCAGUUUCUUACAAUAUCCUUAUUCUCGUCAGCAUAAUUUAUUUAAUCAGAAACAUUAUCUACGAACAUCAAAUGAUGAUGAUUUAAUUUCAUGUAUAAGAAGAGAAUCACCAUGUUUCGAUCGAUCAGUAUAUUUUUCAAAUAACAAUAUUAAUAAUAAUAACACUAAUUUUUCAUAUGCAGAAAAUCAUCCUAUUGACUACAAUUUAUCUGGUCAAAUUUCGAGAUUUUCUAAUUUAUACAAUGAUCCUGUCAAGAAUUCAGCAAGUUUGACUACUCAGUUCCCAUCAUGUGUUCCUAAUCCGUUUGGAUUUAUACCAUUUUAUGAUUCAUUCAGAUGUGGUGCAGCGGCUGCUGCUGCGGCAGCGGCGGCGGCUGCCGCAGCAGCAGCUUUUUCCCAAAAAUCUCCACAUGAAACAACUGUUCAACAUGAUGGUGACAUUUUAAAGUUCGAUUCAAAAUAUCCAACAAACAGUCGAAAUCAUACUACGAUGGGCAAUUUUGAUAUAAGUUUAGAAAAUUGUAAAAACUAUAAGAAUUCAAUUGAUAGCAGGAAUGAUAAUGCUUGUACUACCAAUAUAUCUGGUAUUUCUACUAAUUCUGUUAAUACCGUUACUUGUGUAAAUGAGAAUAAAUCCAAUAAAUUAUCAUUAUCAUCAUCACUAUACACUAAUGCUUAUCAGACACAUCCUUCAUCAUCAUAUAAUCAACAAUGUAUUCGUCACUCGAAAGAUUUAUCCUUUAAUAAUAUGAAUAUGUUCAAUUACCCACGUGACAUAGAAUCAACAGUUGGACUUUCAGUACGAGAGCAUAGUCAGUCACCAUUGCCGACAUCUCGUUAUCAUUCAUUUGACAAUCCAAUCGAUUCACCUAAAUUUUUAAAUACAUUACACACUAGUCGUUUAUUAGAAGGAUAUGGGCAAAUAUCUUCAUCAUCAUCACCACCACCACUAUCAUCAACAUCAACAUCAACAUCACUACCUAAUGGAUCUAUUCAACAUGAUUCAUCUCCUUCAACAUCGUCGAAUUUCUAUGCUGUUGCAGCUUGUGCAGCAGCAGCGGCAGUUGUAGCCGCAGCAGUAGCAUCUUGGAGUGGUACAAGUUCACCAAAAACAUCCAAUAAAUCUCAACAAUAUUUCACAUCCUCUAAUAGUCAUCAAAGUUCACCAUGUCCUUCUAUUAGUAAUAAUAAUAAUAAUAAUAAUAAUAAUACAUUAUUUCCAUUAAGUCCAUCUGGAUCAAUUAAUAAAUCAGCUCUUUUCAAUCAUUUACAAUCGGUGAAAUCACCGAAUAGUAUUGGCGGUAUGGUACCAUCACCGAAAGCAAAUAGUAGCAAUUUGACUACUUCAUCAUUAUCUCCAGCUGCAUUAUAUCAUAGAUGUGAAAAUAAUAAUAGUAAUAAUAAUAAUACGAAUAAUAAUAACAACUACAGUAGUAGUCGAGCGUCUACUUCAACUAACUCUACCGCUGCUAGUCCUUAUUCUCCUAGUAUGUUUGCUGCCGCCGCAGCCGCUGCACAUAUGCAGUUAUUAUCCGCAGCAGCAGCCGCUGCUACGUUCAAUUCAAAUUUGUCAUCAUCAUCGUCAUCGUCUUCAGUACAUACAGCUCCAUCAACACCAUGUAUAACAACUUCAUUGAAUAAUGAAUUCACAUUUGAAGAUUCUAUCAGAGAAAUGAAAUCAGUAUCAACAUCUUCAUCAUCGUCAGUUAUUUCUUUAUCGGAUUUAUCACCAACUGUACAAUUCGGUUCUUUGUCGACAUCUUCGUUAUCAUCAAUUCAAAAUAGAGAUAAUAACAGUAAUAAUAAUAGUAAUGAUAAUAAUAAUUCAGCAUCAAACAGUCUUUGGAGACGUCAGCAAACUGCAGCAGCGGUAGUAGCCGCUGUAGCUGCGAGUGCUAUGAUUGGUAAUUCAACAUCUUCAGAAUUAUCAUCUGUUUCUGCUGUUGCCAGAGGUGAUAAUGAUAGUAUUAGUGGUCGUAGUGGAGUAGGAAGAAGAAGAAGAAACACUAAUAUACAUAAUACAUUAGAUCGAACUAAUUCUCCUGGACUAUGGUCUAGUCGAAAUCAUCUGUUUAGUUCAAGAUCUCGUGAUCGUCGAAGUUUUGAUUUUGUAAAAGCCUUAACAAAAUCGGGAAUUACUAACAUUCAUAAUCGUAAUAAUAAUAAUAAUAGUAAUGAUGAUGUAAUAAUCAAUGAAGAAUCAUCUUUAGAUCAUUGUAAAGAAACUUUAAAGAGAAAAAUGACUACCAAUCUUAUAUCAUCAUCAUCAGCAGCAGCAACAACAACAUCUUCAUGUUUAUCUAAAGGUAUACAUAUUAAAAAACCAUUAAAUGCAUUUAUGCUAUUUAUGAAAGAAAUGCGUUCACGUGUACAAGAAGAAUGUACCUUAAAAGAAUCUGCUGCAAUUAAUCAAGUAUUAGGUAAAAAAUGGCAUGAAUUAACAAGAGAAGAACAAACAAAAUAUUAUGAAAUGGCUAGACAUGAAAAAGAAUUACAUCAACAAUUAUAUCCAAAUUGGUCAGCACGUGAUAAUUAUGCAUAUCAUGCUAGACGUCGUAAACGUCGACGACAAUUAUUUCAUAAACAUGGUUUACAUAUUCGUGGAACACGUCAUAUGAAUAAAUCAAUAAUGAAUACACGUUUAUAUGAAAAAUCAUCAUCAUCAUCAUUAUUAUUAUUGAAUGAUUCAACUAUUAUGAUGGAUAAAUCUAAAGUAAACACUUCAUUGGAUAAAUGGAAUGGAUAUAAAUCAUUUCCAUUAGAUAUUGGUAGUAAUCAACAAAAACGUAAUUCAUGUAUUCCUGAUCAUUCUGUAAAUAAUAAAACUCAUUCAAAUGAUUCAUUAUCUUCAAUGAUAAUAAAUGGUUCAAAAAUACAAACUGAUCAUUUAUCAGAUGAUAUUGUUAAUUGUCAUCAUCAACGCCAUCAUCAUCAUAGUAGUAGUAGUGGUAGUAAAUGCUCUUCUCCACAUCUUCCUUCAUCUAUACAUCCUGUUACUACUAUUUCAGAAUUCUCAUCUAAUUAUCAACAAAGCCCUUUAACAUCAAAUUCACCAUUGUGUAGAAAACAAAAUCAAUCGUUUACAGCACCAUCCAUCUCAUCACCGUCAUCAUCAUCGUUGGUGUCCACCACCACCACCACCACCACCACCACCUCAUCAUCAUUAUCAUCAUCUUCUUUGUCAUCAUCAUUAACAUUAUCUAAACAAAUUACUUCUAAUCUCACUAAACUAGAUCCUAUUACAACUAUAAAGGAAGAAGAUGGUUGUAAUUUCUUAGGUGAAGUAAAACAGCAUGUAAAAUCAAUGAAUGUAAAUUCUAUCGAUUAUAAAACAUUUAUGAAUAGUGUUGAUGAUGAAAAUAAUAAUAAUAAUAUUGUUAAGAAUGAUCGAUAUGUUGCUGAAUACUCUGUAAAAAAUGAUUACAAUGAAUCCAAGAUAACAAUGAGUAAUAUUGGUCAUCAAUAUCGUUCCAAUAUUGAUUUAGGUUAUUGUUUAUUUCCUCAUGUCCCUACCGUUAAUAUGAAUAAUGGUAAUAAUGAAUCAGAUAAAUUUCGAACUAUACGGGAUUUCAAUAGGAAAUCUAAACUUAACUUAAAUUCAAAUAGGAAUACAGCUUUAACUGCUAAUAUUGUAGCUACACCUAACAUCAAUACUACAUCUUCUAUUUCAUCAACUACAUUCUGUAAUCGAGAUCGUGAAUUAAAUAAAUUAUACAAUGAAUCUACGAAUUUAAUCCCGAAUGAAUAUGCUUAUCAUACUAAUAACAAUAAUAAUAAUCAUGAUGUAUCAAAUUUAUUUCAUCAUUCCACAGGUUAUCCAUUUUUACAUUCUGAUAUAAAUGUUAAACGUGACACAUCAUCUGCAUUCUAUCCUUCUUCUCUGUCAUCUGCAUUGAAUGAUAACAAAUCAAUACAUUCUAAAGAUCAUUCGUUUUUAUCCCCUAGAUUCACCGGGAUGAUUAAUUUAUCAUCAUCGUCAUCAUCAGUAGACAGUGAAAAUAGACAUCCAUCACAUUCAAUAACACCGAUUGGUUAUCAGUCCGGUUAUAGAUAUUCUUCUCAUUUAGAUCAUUUAUCCUAUUCAUCAAUGUCUUCUAAUCACUUUCCAACUUUUCCUGGUUCAUUACCUUCACAUUUGAUGUCUACUUUCGGUCUUAACGGUGGUGGUGGUGGUGGUAAUAAGCAUCAUAAUUCUUCAAGAUGUAUGACUGAUCUAUUACUAUCAUCAUCGACAUCAGAUAGUCAUGUCAAAACAAUUACAAAAAAUAAUCAUUCAUCUCAUUCAACCGUGUCAACUACUGUGGUGGCGGUGGCUGCCGCUGCAGCAGCGGUAGCUAUGACUGCAAGUGAACUGUCCGGUGGAAAUUUGAAAAAAUGUCGUGCUAGAUUUGGUUUGGAACAUCAGAAUAUGUGGUGUAAACCGUGUCGUCGUAAAAAAAAGUGUAUACGUUUUAUUUCGGAAGCGGAACCAGAAGAAUUUUCUAACGGAACAACAACAUCACAACAACCACAAACAGGAACUCAUCAUUCAUCAACUCAUCAUCUUGCUAGGCAAAGAUUAGCUAAUUUUAUAGAUCCAUUUAUACGUCCUGCGCAUUCAUCUCAGUCAAAUAUUUCUAGCCAAUCAUCGAAAUUUCAUACAUUUCCUUCAAGUUUCUUAUGUUCAUCAAUAAAUUUUAAUAAUAAUGUAACAAAUGAACAUACAUUAACAUCAUCAUCAUCAUCAUUAGCUGAUUUCAGUUUACGCUUAAACCAACCACAUCAUGCAAUUGCAGGCUGUUAUACCGGUAAAUCUUCAGCAUUUAUAAGUCCUUCACUUUCAUCUCGUUCAAAUCAUCCAAUGUUAGAUCUAGCAACAUCACCAUUUCCAUUGAAAAAUUCAUAUCAUCAUUCGAAUAAUUCAACAAGUGAAGAGUUAAAUUUUAAGCUAACAUCAUCAUCCCCACGAACACCAUCAUCGUUAUCAUCGUCAUCAUCAUCAUCAGUGUUGUUUUCACCAUCUCGAUUAAAUUCACAUACCAUUGGUCAAUGUUUAUCCAAUUGUAAUGAAUCUAGACUACCGACUACCGCUAACAACAAUACCGAAUUUGCUUUUAAUAAACCGAAUUCUAUUGACAUGUGGAAUAAUAAUACUACUACGAAUAAUAAUGGUAUGAAUACAUUUUAUCCUAAUUGGUCUCAUGAUUCAUCAGCUUUUAAAUUAUCCACAACAUCAUCAUGUGUUGAUGUUUCAACAAUCAGUAUGACAAUAUCAUCAUCAGUAUGUUCCCAGUUGAAUACACACAAUUUAAUUGAUUCCACUAGUCGAUCAAAUAGUCAUAGUCGGUUACGUGAAUCAAAUCAAUCUGACAAAUGUAAUAUCAAUACUAGUACUACUAAUACUACCACUACUACUACUAUCACAGGUGAUAGAAAUCAUUUUAAUUCAAACCAAUCUAAAUUAUCAUCCAAUGAAGCUAAUCGGUUCGUUAAUCAAUCAUUGUCAUCAUUAACAGACAAUUCAGUUGCUUCAAAAAUAAACCCGACCAAUUUACAAAAUGAUUCAAAUUGUUCAAUGCCUUAUUCUAAUGUAGUGUCAUUUGCCCUUUGCUCCUCUCUUACCUCUUCAAAUGUAGAAAUAUCCAAUACAAAGCCAAUUAAUAUGAAUUCGUUUAUUGGUACUCAUUCAUUGGAAUGUUCUUCCACUUCUUCUUCUUCUUCCUCGUCGUCGUCAUUGUCCAACACAUUACCAUCUACAGUAUUAUCAUUAUCGUCUCCAAUAAAAACUAUAUCCGAUGAAUAUUCAGAAAGAAAUCCCAAUGAACCACCGCCAUCUAAACGAAUUUGUUGUAAUUCACCAGCAUCAUUAUUAAAAUUAUCUAAUAUUGAAUCUGUAGUGUGUUGUGUGUCAAGUCCACUUGUUUCUAUGAAUAAUGAUGUAACCAAUUUCACUAAUAUAAAUAAUUUAGACAGUUCUGUAUUGCAAGAUCAUUUAGCUGUAUCCAAUUCUACUACUACUAAUACGACUACUACUACUACUACUACUGCCGUUACUACUGUUAAAACUACCACAACAACAAGUUGUAAAUAUACAGAAUCGGUUCGAUUCGGCGUAGCUGAUUUCAUGGGACUAAAUGAUGAUGAUAAUAAUCAUAAUCAUAAUAAUGAUAAUGUUGAUAUUAUUUCAGUUGUGGAUAAUAUUGAUCAUGAUUGCCUUUAGUUAUCCUUCACUUUGUAAUUAUUUAUUAAUAAGUAAGCUUAGGCUAUAAACAAAAAACAAACAAACAAACAGUUCAGUCAACACCAUCAACGACCACACACACACACACAAAUAAACAAAUCCCACAUUGAUUAUGAUCAUUAUGGUCAUGUUGAUUUUGUGGUUAAACUUGUAUUUUUUUCAUUAUUGUUUAUUUUAUCACUUCUUUUCAUUAUACACUGUUUUCCUAUUCUUUUAUUUAUAUGUAUGUAUGUAUGAGUGUGUAUGUGUAUGUGUGUGUGUGUGUGUGUAAGUUUCUAAUGUACUAACUAAUGAUGAUUUCUUCGAGAUAAAUUGUUUUCUUGUAUUUCAAUGCCUAUCAUUGAACACCAUGAUCAUCAUCAUCAUCAUCAUCGUCCUCAUUAUUGUUGCUGUUGUUGUUGUUGUUGUCGUACUUUAUCUUCACUGUCAUCACGAUCUAGGACGUACACUAUAUUAUAUAUAGAUUACAGAAAUGUACUAAUUUAUUCCAUUAGUUUAAUAUGAAUUAUUAUUAUUUUAUUUUUAUCAUGAUUCAUGUAUAAAUUCCUUUUUGAUAUUCCAUGAUAUUUGUUUACUUUUCUUUCAGUAUAGAGUUUUUAAAAAGCAACUAUUCAUUCAUUCGCUUGUUGAUAUUCAGCCUUUCUUCUUCUUCUUCUUCUUCUUCUUCUUCUUCUUCUUCUUCUUCUUCGUCUUCGCGUUUGUUCCCCUUCCUUUAUAUUGAACAACUUAUCAUUUUACAUUAUUAUAUGUUGUUCAACCAAUCAAUCAAUCGGAGAUUCACCAAACAUAAAAUAAUAAACUAACUGAUUAGUAAGUCGUUAAGUGAACUUUUUACAAUCUAUGGCAGCUCUAUUCUCAUAUUCUUAUGGUUAUUUUCAUUGUUUGCUGUGUCUUAUUAUUGUUUUGCUCGUACUUUUUUUUAAAAAAGAAGAAAGAAAGACAAGAACAGUUGAAAAAUGUUAUUAAACUGAUUAUUGUGUGUGUGUGUGCGUGUGCGUUUAUGAGGGACAUGGGCACUUUGUUACGAUCUAGUUUCUAUUUGAGACAAAUGAAUGUUUGUGUAAUUGUUCAUUCUCUUUUAUUACUAUCUUAAACGUGUACACCUUUCCCUUGUGAGCACACACACACACACACACUCUCUCUUUAUGUGUGUAUAUGUAUGUAGGUGUAUUUUAUUUGAACAAACCAAAUAUUGUAUAAAUUGUAUCAUAAUAGUAAUAUUUAUUAAUACCUAUGCAUAUUGUUUACUUGUAACAAUUGAUAGUAGCCAUUUGUUUACAACAGCAACAGCAACAACAAAGAGAAGAACACUCUCCUUUUACCUGUCUUGAUAUUUUCGUUUUGCUAUAUCGAAGUUUUCAUAUUAUUAUUAUUAUUAUUAUUAUUAUUAUUAUUAUUAUUAUUAUUAUUACUCUGUGUACUUGUUUGUUUAUGUAGGUACAUAUGGGUUGUACUAUUGUUCAUCAUGACUUUUCCUCACCACCGUUAUCAUGAUCACUAUCGUUACAACUUUCUAUUUCUUCUCUUGAAUUCUUUAUAUUUAUUGUAUUUAUCUGUGAAAUGCUCUAGUUUAUUUGUUAUAUGGAUGUAUGAAUUAGUUAGUUAGAAAUUCUUACGACGACAACGACGACGAUCACUACCACCACCACCAUCAUCAUCAUCAUUAACUUUCAUUUAAUAACGUUUACAUAAUUAAUCAGCUGAUCAACUUGUUCAAUCAUGUUCUAAUUUAUUUACUUAAAAAGAGAAAUUUCAAACAGAAGAAUAAUGUGACAAAGGAGUUUUGCUAUGAGUAUAAUAAUAACAAUAACUAUUAUGAAUUCCAUUUAGACUACCAUAACGCAUGCAUAUUACUGGUAUCAAGAGUACCAGUAAUAGUAUUAAUAUGACUGGAAUAAUUAUUGUUGAUUUCAUGACAUAUCCAUCAAACUUACACACACACACAUCACCAUCAUCAUCACCACCUUAAUUUAACUCUAUUUUCGAUUCUUUCUUUUUCUCAUUUCUCUCAUUGUUCACGAUGAUGAUGUUGAUGAUGAUGGUGAUGAUCUUUUCAACUGUUCUAUCAUUUCUUCAUAACAAAUAAUCAAGCUCACCCUGAUGACACAAAAACACCAGAUGAUAAAGAUACAUAUAUAUGAAUUAUAUGAUGCAUUUGUCGUUUUCUUAUCGUUGUUGUUUUUACUCAUAUUUGUCCUUUUUUCCAAGAAAAAAAAAAACGUAGUUCACAACUACUUCUUUGGUUUUCUUUACAUCUCUAUUGUCUGGAGAGGUAUUCAUAUUCAGAGUAUACACUCACUCACAUACACAUACACACAUUAUCUGUUUAUUACAUUCAUUUGUAUACAUACACUCACAACAUUUGAUGUGUGUUAUAUUUCAUGAGAUUAUAAUGAAAUAACUUGAGAAAAGGUGGACCAAUGUUCGCUUUAUUCAUUGUUGAUCUUAUUUUUAUCCUUUUAACACAAUAACUACGAUUGAUACUACUAAUGCUAUUCUCACUACUGACAAUAGUAGUAAGUAAUUUUUCUAGUAAGCAGCAACAGCGACUUUGAUCAUUAUAUAUAUAUACCCCCGGAAAACAGGGUCACAUGUUUUACGUACAGUGCAUAUACUUCAAUAAUUCUUACUGUUUUUUUCUCCUUCGAAUUACACUUUUUUUACUUUUCUUCUUGAUGUUUAUCUCUUCCUGUGUUUUUGCCCCAAUCUUUGUCAAGUAUGUAUGUAUAAUGGAGGUUCCAGAUGAAUAUAUUGAUAAUAAUUAUAAUAAUGAUA